CAUCCAUCGGUUGUUGAUCCUUCGCUCUUUCAAUUUCAUGGAGUCGUUGACACAUGUUUUUUCGAUGAUUCACCAUUGAUUGAAGGAAAAAAGAUGGGAGGAUUUAACCUGGAAGUUUUUGACGCAAAAGAGCCGACACGUUCGAUUAUAACGCUUGAUAAUCUUACUGGCGAUGAGACAGUCUUGGCUAUAAAGAAACGUAUCGCCCAGAAAAAGCUGAAAUUAACAGUCGAGCGACAGUCGGUACGUGUUGAACCUAAAGGAAAAGCUAUCGCCGACGAGAAGCAAAUCAAAGAACUUGGCUUGUCCGCACAAAAUGCACAGUUGUAUGUUCGCGAUCUUGGACCACAAAUUCCUUGGAAGACCGUUUUUCUUUUGGAGUACCUGGGUCCCCUUCUUAUCUACCCCAUCUUCUAUAUACGCCCUGCAUUCAUCUACGGUGAAGGAGCUGCUGAUCGACCAUAUCAUCGUGCCGUGACUUACGCAUUCAUUUGUUGGUCUUUCCACUAUGCCAAACGCUUGUUCGAAACCCAGUUCAUUCACCGAUUCAGCAACGGCACCAUGCCAAGGUUUAAUCUUAUCAAGAACUGCUCGUACUACUGGGGAUUCGCAGCAUUUGUUGCUUACUUCGUGAACCAUCCUGACUACUAUCCUCCUUAUUUCGGAAACUUCCAGGUUUACUUGGGGCUCAUCGGAUUUGCCAUUUCUGAAUUUGGUAACCUCUCCAUCCAUAUUCUUCUGCGCAAUUUGCGACCACCCGGUACUCGCGAACGUCGUAUUCCUCGUCCGGAUGGAAACCCAAUGAGUCUGCUUUUCAACCUCGUAUCGUGUCCGAACUACACGUAUGAGGCGCUUUCAUGGUUUUUCUUCACCAUAAUGAUCCAAAGCUUCCCAAGUUUGCUUUUUAACAUCGCAGGAUUCGUGCAGAUGGCUAUUUGGGCGAAAAACAAGCAUCGUGCCUACAAGAAGGAAUUCCCCGAUUACCCUAAGGAACGAAUGGCAAUGGUUCCGUUUGUGUUCUGAAUUGUUUGAAUGUGUUAUCUGCCUUUCGCUAGUUGUACCGUUUAUUGCUUAAAUCUCUUUUUCGCUUCUCAACCAAUUCGAAUUGUCUGUGCACAGAGAUUGCUUUUGUUGUACAGUGUUCCUUACGUGCGUGCGUUUGCACUCGUAGAUAUAGACGUAUAAUUUACCGGUGUUUGCUGCAGCG